UUCUUGGCAACAAAGCCAAGUACUAAACGACGUCGACUAGCAUAUCUGUUAGUCUCACAACGAGUCGCUAUAGAAGCUGGAACCAAAGAUCUGAACAAGUUAAAAAGAGUUUCACUUACAACUUUCAAAGACAAGGAAAGACAAUGGUAGUUCUGUAAUUUCACAACAUUCUGGCGCCCAAUUCUGGUAGGCAAUUCCAAACAAUCUGAACCUGAUCUUCGUCAAUCCAUAAACCCCAAACACUGUUUUUUAUUUUUUUGAAGGAACCCCAAACAGUGUUUAGAACAUUCCAGUCCAUUUUCACGUUAACAAACCAACCAAAGAAAAAAAGAACGAAGAAAGUUCCCUGGUCGUCUUCGUGUUCUUGCUCUUUCAUUUCUCUUCAAGAAAGAACGGAAAAGCCCUAAUCUAUUAUUUUUGUAAAUUAUCGAGAAAUGGUUGAUGUAGCCGAUAAAUUGGCAUAUUUUCAAGCGAUCACGGGCCUCGAAGAUCCCGAUUUGUGUACGGAAAUCCUCCAGGCCCAUGGUUGGGACCUGGAACUCGCCAUCUCUUCCUUCACCUCUUCGAAUCAAACUUCCGCUUCGACUACUACUCCUGACUCAGGGACUCGCGAUUCACUUAACCGGACCGAAUCCGCUUCGGGUUCCGGUCUCGUUGCCGCUCCCUCCCCCGGUUUGGCGUGGAAACUCGUUACAUUACCGAUCUCUGUGAUAUCUGGUAGUCUAGGGUUGAUCUCCAGAGCUGUUGGGCUCGGUCUAUGGGCGGCGGGCGGAGUUCUUUCGUAUUCCCUUGGGAUGAUCGGGGUGGGCUCUGGCCGGGGCGGGGAAUCAUCGGCACGAUUAGUCUCGGUCUCAGCUACGGCUUCUGAAGCCAUAGAUUUCGUGGCAACAUUUGAGAGAGAAUACGGUACUAGGAGGCCGAAUUUUGUCGGCGAGGGUUUCAUGGACGCGCUGCAGAGGUCAAGGAACGCCUUUAAGCUGUUGUUUGUGUACUUGCACUCGCCGGACCACCCCGAUUCACCUGUAUUCUGUGAACGGACUUUGUGUUCAGAGGUGGUGGUGGCCUUUUUGAAUGAGAAUUUCGUGGCUUGGGGCGGCAGCAUUAGGGCUAGUGAAGGUUUUAAAAUGAGUAAUAGCUUGAAAGCCUCCAGGUUCCCGUUUUGUGCCAUGGUAAUGCCCGCUACGAACCAGAGGAUCGCACUUCUUCAACAGGUUGAGGGACCAAGAUCUCCAGAAGAAAUUCUCACAAUACUACAGAGAGUUCUUGAAGAAAGUGCUCCUGUUCUUGUUGCAGCAAGACUGGAUGCAGAGGAGCGAAGAAACAACAUGCGUUUAAGGGAGGAGCAAGACGCUGCUUACAGAGCAGCGCUUGAAGCUGAUCAAGCUAGGGAACGGCAGAGGAGAGAGGAGCAAGAACGUCUGGAAAGGGAAGCUGCAGAAGCUGAGAGGAAACGUAAGGAAGAAGAAGAGGCUCGUGAAAGAGCAGAACGUGAAGCUGCUGAAAAGGAGGCUGCCCGAGCUAGAAUGCGGCAAGAAAAAGCCUUGUCCCUUGGUGGUGAACCUGAGAAAGGACCAAAUGUUUCACAAGUUUUGGUACGCUUUCCUACUGGUGAACGCAAAGAAAGGAGGUUUCACAGUACUGCAACAAUCCAAUCUCUUUAUGACUAUGUUGAUUCUUUGGGUUGCUUAGAAGUUGAGGAUUAUAGCCUCGUCUCCAACUUUCCUCGAGUUGCUUAUGGUCCAGAGAAGCGCUCCUUGACCUUGAAAGAGGCAGGAUUACAUCCUCAGGCCAGCCUUUUUGUGGAGCUAAACUAGUCUGAUGAAGCUGAUAUUGUCAAGUUGUAUGAUGAAUGGUAGUUUCAAAGAUUCCUGCAUGUGGAGAGUACAUAUUUUCGUAUGUUUCUUUCACAUUUCAACCAAUUAGCAAUGAUAAAUUGAGGCGAAGAUAGCUCCGUGUCUCUGGAUAUUUCACUUUUCUUAAUUCAGAUUCAAUCAACUAAUGGCUGAGUAUCUGUUCAAACAUGGGCUUUUAGGAUUCUAUUAAGAAUUUUUCAUGGUCAUGAUUUUCUUUAUUCUGCCAGUUCAAGCGAUGGCAUGUCAAAUGUUCUGACGUGUGAUUGUUGUAUGAAAAAAUUUACCAUCUGACGAGCAUAUGAUACAUGCUUGAUGCUACUCAAAACCAUUGAUCAGUUUAAUUGAUGCUACCAAAACCCAGUAUUUGUUCCUUCAAGUAGUGGGUUUCGACUUUCUAUGCAAAUUGGAACCUGAGCAUCUCUCGAAACAAAUUUUAGACGUUUUAUUAUUGUUAUUGUCAUAGUAGCUAUGAAAGGCUUAAGCAUACAAUUAAACUGAUAAAUGGAAAGUGCAAAAACUAUGGUAUUUCUAGGA